AAGAAUAAACGUGAAAGAAAGAAAGAAAGAUGAGAAGAGCUAAUGAGCUACCUAUCUUUUCAUUCAUCUUCUUGAACUCUUAAAAAAAAAAAAAGAAGAAGAAAGAAAAAAUGCAGUUCUCCAAAACAUCUGCCUGUAAAACAUCAGAAAGUGAAUCCGAAAGCGUUCUGCCUUUCGACAAGUCCCUUCAAGAACUUAGAGACUUGCGUUCGCAGCUGCAUUAUGCAGCAGAUUACUGUGAAGCAACAUUCUUGAAUGCCAAAGAGAAAAGAAUGGUUGUGGAAAGCACAAAAGAUUACAUAUGCAGAGCUGUAGUUGCUGUUGUUGAUCAUCUUGGAUGCGUCUCUGCUAAUCUAGAUAACAGCAUUUCUAAGAACAAUGAAUUUUCUGAGGCUGAACUUAGAAUUAAUAGCCUUAAUCAAAGACUUCUUUCAUGUGAACAAUAUGCUCAAAAGCUUGCUCUAAAACGAGUAAGAUGGAGUGCAAAUUUGCCGAAGUUUCAUCGCCGCUACUUAUCAGCACCAAUCACAAAUGUUGAUUUUGACAAGUCAACUGAAGAUGAAAGAAACCCCAAUUCUCCAGCUACUCCAAUGAUCAUAGCUAAACAUGGAUUUGAAGCAGAGGACUUGCCACUUUUCUUCUGCACUCAAAAACCAUCUUUGGGUAGGAAUUCAUUUUCCAUUCAGAAUGAGGGCUCUGAUUCUCCUUCAGCACUGCCUGUUCGUGAUGGCCUCUCAAUACUAUCUAAAGGUCCAAAUCCCACAUUCCAUUUUCAGCAAAUUUCUCAGAAGCAUGGACGCUACAGAUUGUUCAGAAGAUCAGCAGCACACAGUAGUAACGAGAUUUUCUCGCUCAUUCGACGAAUUAAACGAAGAACAUGAAUAAAUUUAUGUAUAUUUGUUUCUUUUGCUUAUUGAGUGAUCUUUGAGAUUUUGGAUAAUGAAAUAUUAGUCGGUGGCCUGCCUUUAAUAGAAGGUAAAAUAAUAGAAGGUAAAUAGCAAAAUCUUCUCAAUUCAUCAAUUUAA